CCCACAGCGGAAGCCCGGCUAGCGGCAAGCGCGGCUGUUCCUAGAGAGGCCCUGGAGGGGUUCGCGAGGGGAGGCCUUCUUCCUGGUUUCCCUGGCGUUGCCGUGGCAACAGAGGGAGCGCCGCCCCUCCCCUCCCCUCGGGCUCCUCUGAGGCCCCACCAAUUCUCCCAGGUUUUCCACUUUGAAUGUCAUUUGAGAGAAGAGGUGGACAUAUCUUCAUCUAGUUUGGAGGCAGCCUAGAAGCGCAGAAGAAGAAUGGAAGGGCGGGAGCCAGCUGCCACCCAGUUAGAAGUAUUUCCUUCUGCUGUUGAGGCAGAGAACAAUAGAGCACCCUGGGGGGACCCUUGGAGGAAAGACCAGGAGAGCAGCAUCCUCCAUUCCGACCUUCAGUGCCAGCGCUUCCGGCAUUUCCGCUAUGAGGAGGCCUUGGGGCCCCGGGAGGUUUGCAGCCGCCUCCACUCUCUCUGCUGCCGGUGGCUGAAGCCAGAGCGACACUCCAAGGCUGAGAUGCUGGACCUGGUGCUCCUGGAGCAGUUCCUGGCCGUCCUUCCUGCGGAGACGGAGCGCUGGGUGAGGGAAUGUGGGGCAGAGACCAGUUCCCAGGCCGUGGCUUUGGCUGAAGGAUUCCUCCUGAGUCAGGAAGAGGAGAGGAAGAGGGAGAAACCACAGGUGCAGGACUCUUUUCCAGAUGAAACCAACCAGGGGGAGGAAUCUGUUUCACACAUUUGGCUCGUCCAUAUUGGAGAAGGAGAAUAUAUCAUAGCCGGCAGUGAAACAUGGGGAAUUGAUAGUAGCACAACUUUCCAUGAUUCUUUUCUAAGAAGCGAUUCUGCAGGAUCAGAUCAGGUGAUAUUUGAAGAUGUGUCUGUGGAUUUCUCAGAGGAGGAGUGGGCCCUCUUGGAUCCAAGCCAAAAAGCCUUGCACCAGCAAAUCAUGGAAGAGAAUUUAGGGAUUGUGUCAUCCCUGGCCAUGCCAAUAGAGGAGACACCGUUUAAAUAUUUGGAAAAUGGAAUGGAUUUCAAUAGUAAGGAAGCGCUCACCUUUUCUCAAGAAACUCACAGAAGGGAUGAACCAUUUAAAUCUUUGGAAUGUGGAAAAAGUUUCUCUCAGAAGAUAAGCUAUGUUCAUCACAGGGCAAUUCACAAAGGAGAGAAGCUAUUUAAAUGCUCGCACUAUGGAAAGAGGUUUAGUCAUAAAAGAAACCUUAUUAGUCAUCUGGCAACUCACACAGGAGAGAAGCCAUUUAAAUGCGUACAGUGUGAAAAGAGCUUUUGUCAAAAGGGAAACCUUAUUGCUCAUCAGGCAACUCACACAGGAGUAAAGCCAUAUAAAUGCUUGCAGUGUGAAAAGAGCUUUAGUCGCAAACACAUCCUUAUUAGUCAUCAGGCAACUCACACAGGAGAGAAGCCAUUUAAAUGCUUGCAGUGUGAAAAGAGCUUCAGUCAAAAGAGAAGCCUUAUUCGUCAUCAGGCAACUCACACAGGAGAGAAGCCAUUUAAAUGUGUACAGUGUGAAAAGAGCUUUUGCCAAAAGGGAAACCUUAUUGCUCAUCAGGCAACUCACACAGGAGUAAAGCCAUUUAAAUGCUUGCAGUGUGAAAAGUGCUUUAGUCACAAGUACAUCCUUAUUCGUCAUCAGGAAACUCACACAGGAGUGAAGCCAUUUCAUUGCUUGCAGUGUGAGAAGAGCUUCAGUCACAAAAGCACCUUUAUUAGUCAUCAGGCAACUCACACAGGAGUGAAGCCAUUUAAAUGCUUAGUGUGUGAAAAGUGUUUCACUCAAAAGAGUAACCUUAUUAGUCAUCAGGCAACUCACACAGAACAGAAACCAUUUAAAUGCUUGCAGUGUAAAAAGGGCUUCAGUCGCAAGCACGUCCUUAUUCGUCAUCAAGCAACUCACACAGGAGUGAAGCCAUUUAAAUGCUUGCUGUGUGAAAAGAGCUUCAGUCAAAAACACGUCCUUAUUAGUCAUCAGGCAACUCACACAGGAGAGAAGCCAUUUAAAUGUGUGCAGUGUGAAAAGAGCUUUAGCCAAAAGGGAAGCCUUAUUAGUCAUCAGGCAACUCACACGGGAUUAAAGCCAUUUCAUUGCUUGCAGUGUGGAAAGUUCUUCAGUCGAAAGGGAACCUUUAUUUCUCAUCAGGCAACUCACUCAGGAGAGAAGCCAUUUAAAUGCUUGCAGUGUGAAAAGUGCUUUAGGCACAAGCAAGACCUUAUCCAUCAUCAGGCAACUCACAAAGGAGAGAAGCCAUUUGAAUGUCUGCAGUGUGAAAAGAGCUUCAGUCAAAAGGGAAAUCUUAUUGCUCAUCAGGCAACUCACACAGGAGAAAAGCCAUUUAAAUGCUUGCAGUGUGAAAAGAGCUUCAGUCAGAAGGGAACACUUCAUAAUCAUCAGGCCACUCAUACAGGAGAGAAGCCAUUUAAAUGCUCAGUGUGUCAAAAGAGCUUCAGUCACAAGCAAGUCCUUAUUCGUCAUCAGGCAACUCACACAGGAGAGAAGCCAUUUAAAUGCUCAGUGUGUCAAAAGAGCUUCAGUCGAAAGGACGUCCUUAUUAGUCAUCAGGCAACUCACACAGGAGAGAAACUUUUUAAAUGCUUUCAGUAUGAAAAGAGCUUUAACCAAAAUUGAAGACUUAUUAGUCAUUAGGCAACUCACACAGGAGAGAAGCCAUUUAAAUGCUCAGAGUGUGGAAAGAGCUUCAGUCGAAAAUCAUACCUUGUUUAACAUCAAGCAACUCGCAGUGGAGAAAAACUGGAGUGUGCAAAGAUCUGCAGUUGAAAGACAAGCCUUGUUUUUAAUUGUCAACCCAUACGAAAGAAAUGGGGUAAAGAGAAGUUUCUUUGUUUUAAAUCAAAGGGGGCUUGGAUCUUAGUUAUGGUAACACUGAUUUAAAAAGCUGUGGCUUUUGGGGGAAGUAAUAAUCUGACCAAUUUUCUUUGAUGAAAUAUCUCAUUAAGCAAAAGUGAUAAUAUUUUGAGAGCUAAACGAAAGAUAUUUCAGGUUUUCUUUUACCCAUUCAUGAACAUUAGUUACUGCAAAUAUUUCCUGUCAUGUAUAUUCAGGGUUUAAAAUACAUUUAAUUGAGAUGUUUGAUUUGAAGUGUGGGAAUGGGUUUAAUUAAUGACUAACAGCCCUGUGUUUCAUGUAGUUAUAUGUAUGUGGGACUGAAUUUUCUUGUAUGAAAUAACUAAGAAAGAAUCACUGAUGAACUGUUUUCUAUCUGUUCAUGCAUAAUGGUUUCUGCAAAUGUUUCAUGUCCUAUCUAUAACAUAUAAAUAAUAAUAAAUCCAAUAAGUGA